CUGUCCUCUUCACAGACGCGCUUACUGUCCACCGCAUCCAGUCAGCUUGUGCUGCGAGACACGGGUCCAGUUACGGAGCCCGGGGCCAUCACAGACAGUGGGUUCUGCGACUGUGCCUCUUGGAGAACAGCAUCGCACUGACAGCUGAGACUCCAGCUCAUAGAUGCUCUGCUCCCUUCCAGUUUCUACUGUCUUUCUCUCUCCUGUGCCGACGAGUGCACCGCCUGUCCUCCUCACAGCCGCCUGUCCUCCUCACCAGGCUGCCACUGGACGGACAGACGGACAGGACCAAGGGGCGGCAGCCAUGAUGGAGCUUAGGAUCCAGUUGGUCCCCACAGGGGAGAUUAUUCUGCCCCCAGGAAAGAAUGGGGAAAACUACUGCCCCAACUGCAGCAAGGUGGUGGGCAUGAUGGAGAGUGCCCUGACAGCUCGGGACAGGGUGGGGGUGCAGGACUUUGUGCUCCUGGAGAACCACACCAGUGAGGCAGCCUUCAUGGAGAACCUGCGUAAGAGGUUCAAAGAGAACCUCAUCUAUACGUACAUCGGGUCGGUUCUGGUCUCCGUCAAUCCCUACAAGGACCUGGAGAUCUACACCAAGCAGCACAUGGAGCGCUACCGCGGAGUCAACUUCUACGAGGUCUCCCCGCACAUCUAUGCCGUGUCUGACAACGCGUACCGCUCCAUGCGGACCGAGCGACGGGACCAGUGCAUCCUGAUCUCGGGCGAGAGUGGGGCCGGCAAGACCGAGGCGUCCAAGAAGAUCCUGCAGUACUACGCCGUGACCUGCCCCGCUAGCGAUCAAGUGCAGACCGUCAAGGACCGGCUGCUGCAGUCCAACCCCGUGCUGGAGGCUUUUGGAAACGCCAAAACCUUGCGCAAUGACAACUCCAGUCGCUUCGGCAAAUACAUGGACAUCCAGUUUGACUUCAGGGGUGCGCCAGUGGGAGGCCACAUCCUGAACUACCUGCUGGAGAAAUCCCGUGUGGUACACCAGAGCCACGGCGAGAGGAACUUCCACAUUUUCUACCAGCUGAUCGAGGGAGGAGAUGAAGACCUGCUGAGGAGACUGGGCCUGGAGCGCAACACACAGCAGUACCAGUACUUGGUCAAGGGAAACUGUUCGAAGGUGAGCUCAAUCAACGACCGCAGUGAGUGGAAGGUGGUGAGCAAGGCCCUGACGGUCAUCGGCUUCAGCGAGGAGGAGGUGGAGGAGCUGCUCAACAUUAUCGCUAGCGUUCUGCACCUGGGAAACCUCCAGUUUGGCACGGAGGACAGCGGAUAUGCGUACAUCACCACGGAUACCCAGAUCAAAUACCUGGCCCGGUUGGUAGAUGUGGAGGGGGCGGCCCUGAAGGAGGCUCUGACACACAAGAAGAUCAUCGCCAAGGGAGAGGAGCUGAUGAGCCCCUUGAACCUGGAGCAGGCAGCGUCGGCCCGGGACGCCCUGGCUAAGGCCAUCUAUGGCCGCACCUUCUCCUGGCUGGUCAACAAGAUCAACCACUCGCUGGCUUUCAAGGAUGAGCAGUUUCCCAGCAGUAAGAAUACUUCAGUCAUUGGUUUGUUGGACAUCUAUGGGUUUGAAGUCUUCCAGCAGAACAGUUUCGAGCAGUUCUGCAUCAACUACUGCAACGAGAAGCUGCAGCAGCUGUUCAUCGAGCUGACGCUCAAAUCUGAGCAGGACGAGUACGAGUCGGAGGGCAUCACGUGGGAACCGGUCCAGUACUUCAACAACAAGAUCAUCUGUGAUUUGGUCGAAGAGAAGUUUAAAGGCAUUAUCUCCAUUCUGGAUGAAGAGUGUCUCCGACCUGGAGAUGCCAGUGACAUCACCUUUCUGGAGAAGCUGGAGAGCACAUUGGGUGGCCACGCCCACUUUGUCACCCACAAGCUGGCAGAUGGGAAAACACGCAAGGUGAUGGGCAGAGAGGAAUUCCGGCUGUUACAUUACGCUGGGGAGGUCAACUACAAUGUCAAUGGUAAGAAGGAUGGGAGAGACAGGAGCAGCGGUGAGGAGGCGACCCGUCCUGCUGCACAGGUCACGUGCCAGUCGGAAAACAAGAUCCUGAGCCAGUGCUUUGACAAGGAGGAACUCUCAGACAAGAAGCGGCCGGAGACGACGGCGACUCAGUUUAAGACCAGCCUGGCAAAGCUUAUGGAGAUCCUGAUGUCCAAGGAACCUUCCUAUGUCCGCUGCAUCAAACCUAAUGACGCCAAGCGAGCAGGCCACUUUGACGAGGUUCUGAUCCGACACCAGGUGAAGUACCUGGGCCUGAUGGAGAACCUGCGUGUCAGGCGGGCCGGCUUUGCCUACAGACGCCGCUAUGAGGUUUUCCUGCAGAGGUACAAGUCUCUGUGUCCAGGCACCUGGCCCAACUGGCAAGGCCGCCUUCCCGACGGCGUUUCCACGCUGGUGAAAUACCUGGGCUACAAGCCAGAGGAGUACAAGCUGGGCAGGACCAAAAUCUUCAUCCGCUUCCCCAAGACGCUAUUUGCCACCGAGGACGCCUUGGAAGUGAGGAAGCACAGCCUGGCCACCAAACUGCAGGCCUGCUGGAAAAGCUACAGCCAGAGGUCCAAGUACCUUAAGAUGAGGCACGCAGCUAUCGUGGUCCAGGCUUGGUGGAGAGGUAUCCUGGCCCGUAGGGUGGCCAAGCGCAGAAGAGAAGCUGCCAAUACUAUCCGCAGGUUCAUCAAGGGCUUUAUCUUCCGGAAGCAUCCGCGCUGCCCUGAGAAUGAGUACUUCCUGGACUAUGUCCGCUACUCCUUCCUCAUGACCCUGAAGAGAAACCUGCCUAAAACUGUCCUGGAUAAGAGCUGGCCCACGCCCCCGCCUGCUCUGACCGAGGCUUCAGAUCAGCUGCGGAAGCUGUGCAUGCAGAACAUGGUGUGGAAGUACUGCAAGCGGAUCAGCCCCGAGUGGAAGCACCAGAUGGAGCAAAAGAUGGUGGCGAGUGAGAUUUUCAAAGAUAAGAAGGACAACUAUCCCCAGAGCGUGGCCAAGCUCUUUGUGGGGACACGGCUGAAUGGGGAAGAGAUCAACCCAAAGGUGUUCCAGGCUCUAGGCAAUGAGAAGAUGAAGUACGGUGUCCCUGUCACCAAAUAUGACAGGAAGGGGUACCGGGCUCGACCCCGCCAGCUCCUGUUGACUGGCACCUAUGCCGUACUCGUGGAAGAUGCCAAGGUCAAACAGCAUAUCGACUACUCCACACUCCAGGGCAUAUCGGUCAGCUCCCUGAGUGAUGGACUCUUUGUCCUGCACCUACCAUGCGAGGACAAUAAGCAGAAGGGUGACGUCGUGCUGCAGAGUGACCACAUCAUCGAGACCCUGACCAAGGUGGCCAUCUGUGCAGAAAAGAUCAACAACAUCAACAUAAACCAGGGCAGUAUAAAGUUUGCAUUUGGUCGUGGUAAGGAGGGAAUCAUCGACUUCACUCCAGGCUCUGAGCUGCUCAUCACUAAAGCCAAGAAUGGACAUCUGUCUGUGACGGCCCCCCGACUCAACUCAAGAUGAUGGGGAAGGACCACAGAAUAAGUGACCUGCUAAAACAUUGGAUUAUAUUUGUAAACAUUGUCUCCAUUUCACCAAUCAGAUGACUGCACAUGGCCCUGCUUCAGCCAAUCAGAUCACAGUUAAGGCCUAUGCAUCGAAAUGAGAAAAUCCCAUUAAACUAAACACUAGUUAUGUUUUUUUUUGUUUUUUACAUUAACACUAUUGUUCUUCAGUUAUACUAUUAUUAUGAGUUGUGCUCAAAAGGAAAACUGGUUAGAUGUUUGUCCACACUGUGGAGGGAUAGCGAUGCUCAAACAGGAAGGUGAGAUUUCACGGUGCUGAAGCCGGUGACUUCAAUCGUGCCGCUGAAAUCGGGGAUUAGAUGUUGGAGGCUCUGUGUGACUUCGUCCCUCCAUGGCUGUUUCUCUGCAGCGAACCUUCAGUCACUUUGCUGUUCAGUCACACCAGGUUACAAGAUUUUGCCCACUACUUAAAUGCUGAAAGGUGACUUGUGUAUCCUUCGUCACGGCAACAAUACAUUGGAUAUUUUACAUAUGUCUCUUUUCCCCAUCAAACACGAGGUGCCUUUGUGAAUUUUGUUGCUGGAAUGCAGUUCGUACAUGUUAAUUGUAUGGAGACAUUUGCCCAGCUUGUCUGCACACCCACAAAAUUAAGAGUAUCAAAGCUUUAAGAUGUUUUUAUCAAGUGUUUUUUUUUCCCUGAUACUGCCUGUCUGUCAUUCUCAGACACCCCCCCUCCCCUGCACUCAGGGGGCUGUUCAGACUCGCUAAACCUUGUGCAGAUCCAUAUUUGUGGGGAGUGUUGACAUGAUAACUAAGAAUACAAUGGGGGUGUUUGAGAAAGAUUACUUAGUAUCUCAGAAAUUGCUAUUUGUUACACUGACUUCUUGGUGUAGUUCUAGCCAAAGGAAUGUGUCCAAACCAAAAUGAUUCCUUACUGUUUUUUUUUCUUUUGAUACUUAUCACAAAAAACACAGACUGAACUGGGAUGAUUUAGCAUAGAUACAGAGAUGUUUUAUUUUCAUUGGUCCCACACACAAAUUAUACUUUAGAAUUUAGAGUUUUUAAGUGAGUGGAGUAGUAACAUUUUAGUAAAUUUUUCUUGGAAUACCAUAAUUUUCAAAGACGUUUCAGAAUCAUUUUAAUAUAUAUUCUUACCCAUAAUAUAAUUUUUUUUUCCUCAUGUUGUGAACCCAAAAGCUACACUAAAUGUUUUGUUAGUAUUGUUCUAGUAGAUAUUCAAUGCUCACUAGGUGUGUUUCAUAGAAUCUAAGAAUUCACUUCAGGUAAAUUCCAAAUGUUUAAUAAAAGGUGCAAAUGGGCUACAUUUUCCACAGCAAGGUUGAGGAGGUUAAAUGCUUAUGUUAAGCCACAGAAGAAUUUCACACUGUGUAUAUGUAAACUUUCUAUACUAUUCCUCUGCGUAGUACUUAAUGUGGAGGAUGCAUCAACCAGGACUUUGUCCAGAUGUUUUUAUAACGUGUCACGCCCCUGCUUUUGAAUAGUACUUUCUCAUUUACCGUAAUUAGGUCCUCCGUCUUUUUGAUCUUUCCAUGAUUGGCGGAGCGUUUCUCUUACAUUCUGUCCAUGUUCCCGCCCCGCUACCCUUCACCACCUCGCCCCUAAUUGGUUCCUUACAUGUGACCUAUCGAAGGUCGAGAGACACGGAGGGAGAGCCCGGAAGUUAGGAGAUGAGGUUUCCCUGAUGCGCUCACGCAGGGACGAUGCUAGCCAAAGAAACUGUGUGCAGUACACAGACACGCGUCGAAGUAUAUGCCUAGCGUAAGGCAUGGUUUUUUUAAAAACACAAAAUCUUUCUAACGUGCCUUGUAUUUCAAUGUAAAUGAAAACUCAUUUUUAUUGAAGUAAUAUCUUUUCCAAGAUGCAUCUCAGCGUGUUUUGUUCUAAUUUUCCAUGUAAUAUAUCUGCUGCUUUUCUACUGUUUUACUGUCGCCCCGCUACGGCAGAGGAACACCUAUGGUUGUAAUAUGAACAGAAAAUGUCCUGCGCGCGUAUAACCUGCAGAUUCUUUCCAUACUUUACACGUCCACGUGUCCGCUCUCUUCUCCGUCUGCACUAUAGGCCUACUAAAAGGCCUUAAAUAAUUUGUAUUCGUUUGUGAGAUAUUAUAUAGCCGUAUACAUGCUAUUGUGUAUAAUCAAAUGACACCCAGGGAUAGAAAAGAUGAAAUCUGUUCAAAGUUUCAAAAUAAAAGCGGUGACAUGA